AUGGCGACCGCACGUUUCCGCAUAAAAGAACAUACACUUCCUGCCUCUCACAUCAGGGACUACGCAAGAGGAACGGCAGAUGAUCAGGAAGCCGUCCUGCACAUCGCAAUCAAGCAAUAUAUACCAAUAGACUCCACGCAUGAAGACGAAGGCGAUGUGACUGUGAUUGGCGCGCACGCGAAUGGCUUUCCGAAGGAACUGUACGAGCCUCUCUGGGACGAUCUCUACGAAAGACUAAAGGCGCAAAAUGUCAAGAUCCGGAGUGUCUGGAUAGCGGACGUCUCGCAUCAGGGUCAAUCUGGAGUACUGAACGAGCACAAACUGGGAAAUGAUCCAUCCUGGUUCGACCAUCCCAGGGAUCUAUUCCUCAUGGUCAACCACUUCCGGAAACACAUGAAGCGGCCUUUGAUUGGCAUAGGACACAGUGCGGGUGGCAACCAUCUCAUCAACUUGUCACUAAUGCACCCACGACUGUUCACAACGCUGGUGAUGAUCGACCCCGUAGCACAACGACUACAAGCCACAGAGGGAAGUUCUGGAAUCGCGGGAGCUUCUACUGUCCGACGAGAUCGAUGGCCGAGCCGUAAAGAUGCCAGAGCUGCGUUCGGACGCUCCAAAUUCUACCAAGCUUGGGAUCCUCGGGUUUUCGACAAGUGGAUCGAACACGGUCUGCGCGAGCUUCCCACUCUGAUCCAUCCUGGAUCGCAGACAGCAAAGACGACGAUCCCGGUGACGCUAAAAACGACAAAACACCAAGAAGUCUUGACUUUCCUCCGGGCCAAUUUCCCAACAUCAGAAUACCCGGAUCCUUCCAACAAUGCCAACCCCAUCACCCACAUCGACGUCGAUCCAGCUACAGGUCCCAACUCCCCAUUCUACAGACCAGAACCAGUAGCAACCCACGCACGUCUGCCAUUCGUUCGGCCAAGCGUCUUGUAUCUCUUCGGCGGCAAGUCAGACGUUUCCACUCCCAUGCUGAAAGCGGACAAGAUGGCCAGCACCGGUAUCGGACCCGGCGGCUCCGGCGGCGCGAAGAAAGGUCGAGUGAAGGAGGUCACGUUUCAGGAUAUCGGGCAUCUGAUCCCCAUGGAGGUCGUUGGUCGGACUGCAGAUACUGCGACUGAGUGGAUUGUUCCCGAGAUCGAGAGAUACAGGAGGCUUGAGGAGGAGCAUAACAGGGAGUGGAGUAAAGUGCCGAAGCAGAUGAAGCCGCAGAUGGAUGAGAAGUACAAGAAGAUGAUCACUUCGAAUUGGGCUAGUGAGCUGAAGAUGGGUUAUGUGCAGAAGGUGUCGAAGCUGUGA